AUGCGUUUUCUUCCCUUUCUUUCCUUCAUCUUCCUCCGUCUUUUGCUAAAUCAUUCUGUCUAUUUUUCCUUAUUCUUUCUUCUUGUUGUCUUUUGCUUUUUAUAUUAUUUUUCCUUUUUAAGUAGCCCCCCUUGUUUUGCUAAAUCUUUCUCUCCUGUGUUUUCCGUCAAUCAUUCAAUCUCAUUCUUUCACUUUCCCUCACUCUCCCUCCCUCUUUAUCUCACCUUUUAUUUUCAUGCCUUUUUAUUAUCUCUCUUUUUAAUCUCCUAUUCUUCUUCUUCCUCUUUCUCUAGUUCUUUCUCUUCUUAUUCUUUCUCUUUUCCUCUCUCUCUUUCUUUCAAUUCAUCACACUUCCUCUUUCUGUCCCCCUUUUUCCCAUCUUUCUCCCUCUCGUUCUUUUUCAGCUCUAUUUUACUCCUCCUCGCUCUUCUUCUUUCUCUCACCAUUUCUCUCUGUCACUCUUUUUCUUUGGGUCUCAAUAUUAGUCGUUUUUUUUUAUCUCUUUCGCAUCAAUCUUUUUUUUUUAUUUCUAUUAAUAUUUCUCUUUUACUACACUAUUUUUUCGUUUCCCUUUCUUUCCCUUUACUUCAUUCAUACCUACAAGCCUCUUUCAUUUAUUUUUCAAAUAAUAUCCUUUUAUUUUCUUUGCUUUCCUUUUUUCCUUUUUUCCUUCAAUCUACAUUUUUUUAUUCUUAUUUUCCUUCUUUACCUUUCUUUGCUUUCCUUCAUUUUUUCUUUUUUUCUUUCAAUCUACAUUUUUUAUUCUUUUUUUCUUUUUUUAUCGUUUUGAGUGCUUACUUUUUUAAAUUCUUUUUUUCUUUAUUUUUCCGUGCAUUUUUACAUUCCCUUUUUUUCCUUCAAUCUACAUUUUUUUAUUCUUUCUUCCUUACUUUCAUUCUUGUUACUCUUUUUCAUUUUUAUUUACUUUGUUUAUCUCUUCUCGUUUCUUUUACAUAUACGUCCAUAUUGUCUCCUUAUGUUUCCUCUCCUUUCGAAACAUUCUGUCAAUUUCUUUUUUUUUUAUCAAACUUUUCAUUCCUUCUUUCUGUAUAUCAUUCUUUUCUUUCCUCUUUUAUUCAUUUUUUUCUUUUAUUUAUUCAUUCUUUCGUUACAAUUUUCUUUUGCUCCUUCCAUAUUUUUCUUUUUGUUAUUUAUUCAUUCUUACUAAAUGUUUUUCUUUUGUCUUUCCAUUUUACAUUACAUUUUUCUUUAGUAGUUUACAUCUUUGUUUCUAUCUCAAUUUCUUUCUUUCUUUAUCAUAUUGCUUCUUUCUUUCUUUAUUUUUUUAUUUCCGGAAUUCUUUCUUCAGAUUUUUCAUUUUUUCUUUAUUCUUUUUCAUUUUUUUUUUUUUUUUCAUUUCAGUCUUUUCUUCAUUUUCAUUUGUGUCGGGUAUUUUCAUUUCGAUUUUGGCCAACUCAUUUCUUUCCUUUCUUUCCAUUUUCUUUUUUUUUAUUAAUUCCUGCAGAUGUUUUAUUUCAUUCUUUCUUUUUCUUUAACUUUUUCUUUAUUAAUAUUUUUCUUCUUCUCCUUUUUCUUCUUCUUCUUCCGCAGCAUCAUCAUCUCUUUUACACUUUUCAUUUUAAUAAAUCUCCUUCACUAAAUUCUGCUUCAUUCCUCUUCUUCUUCUACUACUUCUUUCUUCUUCUUCCUUUUCUUCUUCUUCUUCUUCUUCUUCUUUUUCUUCUUCUUCUUCUUCUACCUUUUCUUCUUCUUUUUCUUCUUCUUCUUCCUCUUCUUCCUUUUCUACUAUUGCUUCUUCUUCCUUUUCUUCUUCUACUUCCUUUUCUUCUUCCUUUUCUUCUUCUUCUUCAUCUUCGUCUUCUCCCUUUUCUUCUUCUUCUUCGUCACUCAAUGUCACCGUCCUUUCUAUUCGUCAAACAAUCACUCCUCACCUUUCCAUAUUUAUUUCCUCCCCGCCCAAUUAAUUCUCUCCUAUUCUUUCGAAUUCUUUCUUUUCUUUUAUAA